AAAAGAAAUAACCAGCAACCAGCAAACAUGAAAAUGAAAAUAGAGAGAAGAGUAACGAGAAGGACAGACCCAAGAUUUGAUAGAGCAAAAGGAUGUAUUGUAGGAGCUCUUUGUGGAGAUGCAGCUGGAGCGGUUCUUGAAUUUUACAAGGGAAAGAUUACUAAAGCUCUUUGUAGAAAAGCUAUUAGAAUGCCAGGAGGUGGGACGUUCAAUGUUGGGCCAGGACAAGUUACUGAUGAUGGUGAACUCACUAUGAGUCUUCUCCAUGCCUUAGUCAAUGGGGAAGGACAGUUUAAAGAAACUGAAGUGGCUAAAUAUUAUGGAAAAUGGUACAGAUCAAAUCCAUUUGAUUGUGGAAUCACAAUUGGGAAUGCUCUUUCUGUGGCAAACCCAAAAAGACCAAACCCGGAUGAUAUCAAGGAUGAAGCAGAAAGACGUUCUCAAGGAUCGCAAAGUAAUGGCUCAUUGAUGAGAGCGACACCACUCGCUGUAUUCUGUCAUAACAUGAAGGCUGCUAGUGCUGAAGGUUUCGAUGCUGAAGAAUGGAACCAACACAAAGCCUGUGUCUUUGAAGCAGCGGAUCUUGACGCCUCUUUCACUCAUCCGAGUCCAGCAGUCCACUAUGUUGAAGGACUGUACAUUUAUAUGAUGACUCUAAUCAUCAAUGGAGUCAAGCUAGCCGAUGUCUACAAUACAAUCAUAGCAGAAAUUUAUCAGUGAGACAAAGAAGAGUACAAGGACCUGAUCCUUGAGUGGGUUGAAAAGUCUGAUGAGGAAGAACUUGGUAGCUUAGAACACCAGAUGGGAUGGAUGAAGCAUGCUUUUGUCUGCUGUCUCAGAUACCUCAGACUUGCAAAAGAGCAACAGAAAGUAGCAAAGAAAGUUGAAGAAGAAGUUAGUGAAAAAUUCAAGGGAGAAAGCAAAGAAGAAGACAGUCAACUAUCCAAAGAAGAAGCUGAUAUAAAAGCUAAAAAGAAAGCUAAAAAGAGAGCUAAAAGGAAAGUUGAAAGGGAAGCUAGAAAGGAAGUUAAAAGGGAAACUGAAAGAGAAUUUAAAAGAAAAGCCACAAAGGAAACCAAAAAGAAGUCAAAGGAUCUCUUAGUCUCACAUUCUACGAAGAUGCAAUGGUAGA